CCCCACAUCCCUCAUUUCACAUCCACAACCCCAUCCAUUCUCUCCACUAUGACUUCCAUCUCAACCAACAAGCGACUUGAGCAGAUCAAGGAUCACAUCAGUGGAAGCAGUGUCCACCGUGAGCGCCUUAUCCACCAUAGGCACCCCGACGAUGUCGUGAUUGUUUCGGCUGUCCGCACGCCCAUCUGCAGGGCUGGAAAAAAGGGUGGUUUCAGAGACAUGUACCCUGAGGACUUGCUUGCGGUCGUCUUGAAGGCAGCCGCUGAACGUGCCAAGAUCGACCCCAAGGUUGUCAAUGACAUUCAGACUGGCAAUGUGUUGCAGGAACUCGGCGGUAUCAAGGUUGGUCGCGCUGCCAUGUUCACUGCCGGCUUUCCAUACACGACGACAUACGGUGUGCUGAACCGCCAGUGCUCCUCCGGUCUACAGGCCUGCAACUAUAUUGCCAAUGCUAUUCGCGCUGGAGAGAUUGAUGUCGGUAUCGGUGCUGGUGUCGAAUCCAUGACCCAUGAUUAUGGAUCCAAGAGCAUGCCUUCCAGAAUUUCGCCCGCCAUCAAGGCUGGACCGGGUGCCGCUGAUUGCUUCGUGCCCAUGGGUAUCACCUCUGAGAACGUUGCUAGCGACUUCAAUAUCACUCGCGAGGACCAGGAUCAAUUCUCAUCAGAGUCGCAUGCGAAGGCACUGAAGGCUCAGGAACAGGGCUUGUUCAAUACUGAGAUUGUGCCCGUCAAGGUGCAGCAAAAGUCCAUUGUCAAGGAUGAAAACGGUCAGGACAAGGAGGUCACUCAAGAAGUUAUCAUCUCUAAGGACGAGGGUCCGCGUGCAGGAUCGAGCGUUGAAAAGCUGGCAAAGCUGAAGCCCGUCUUCAAGAAGGAUGGAUCGACGACCGCAGGAAAUGCAUCUCAGGUCUCGGACGGCGCGGCAGCCGUGGUCUUGAUGCGCAGAAGCAAGGCCCAGGAGCUCGGAUGCACAAUCUUGGCGCGCUGGUGUGGCGCCAGGGUUGUGGGAUGCCCUCCAAGAAUCAUGGGUAUUGGUCCUGCGGUGGCGAUUCCUGCAGUCUUGAAGGACGUCGGUCUCCAUAUCGAUGAUGUCGAUAUUUACGAGAUCAAUGAGGCCUUCGCUUCUCAGGCCCUUUACUGUGUGCGCACCCUUGGCAUCAAGCCGGCCAAGGUCAACCCGAAGGGAGGCGCUAUCGCUCUCGGCCACCCACUAGGGAUGACUGGAGCCAGGCAGACGGCCACUCUGAUCUCGCAGCUCCACCACACCCAGCAGAAGAUUGGUGUGAUCUCGAUGUGCUACGGCAUCGGAGGGGGCAUGGCCGCUGUGAUCGUGAGCGAACAGGACUAGACACGCCACCAAUUUUUCAAUAAAGCAUAGCCACCUGGUCCUUCCACUUGUUUGUUUGAACCCUG